AUGAACUUUGCUGUCUUCUUUAUACUUUUAACUGUGACCUUUGCCGAUGUACAUAAUGACCUCUUGUCGACCUUGAACUUCCUUCACGAAAGCGCAGCUUACCAGGCCCUUCCACCGGAACUGAAAGGUCUGACGGAAGAACUAGCAUCCACGGCUCAGACGGGUCAACUAACAGCUUAUAUUGACAAGGUCGGCUUCUCGUCUGUCCUCAGCCUCCUUAGACACUUACCCGUCGAUGAAGCUCACGAUGUAGAAGACUAUCUCCUAAAGGUCCUAACAGACGAGAGCAUCGCCUUUCUACAAGCACAACAAGCUGCAUCUACCGCCAGUACACAGAGCCCUCCAGCAACAGACAGAAUGAAAAGGUCGUUGCGGUCAAAAUCCGAUUCAUAUCUGCAUAAUCUGGAGUCCACUAACGCAUAUCAGAGUCUGCCACAGGAGUACAAGGGCGUGCUCAAGUCCCUUCUGACCGCCGCCUACUCCAACACCCUUACCCAGUUCAUAGGAAACGACGUGAACAUCCUUCCCAGACUCCUUCAUCAUAUGAACCCAGGAUUAGCCCGUCGACUCAAUGCUUACUUUAUACAGCAAUUGCGGACAGAGGCGCAACAACAUGAUGACGAUGACGACUAG